UACCGGCUCCGGCGCUCACAGCAUUCCCCUUUCCUCCCUUUUUUCCGCCAUGCCCUGCUCGGAAGACGCUGCGGCCGGCUCUGUGAGCAAGAGGGCUCGGGCGGAGGAUGGCGCCUCUUUACGCUUCGUGCGGCUCUCGGAGCACGCCACGGCGCCCACUCGCGGAUCCGCGCGUGCCGCAGGCUACGACCUGUACAGUGCCUAUGAUUAUACGAUUCCACCCAUGGAAAGGGCCGUUGUGAAGACAGACAUUCAGAUAGCUGUUCCUUCUGGCUGCUACGGAAGAGUGGCCCCACGGUCCGGCUUGGCGGUGAAGCAGUUUAUAGACGUGGGAGCUGGUGUCAUAGAUGAAGAUUAUAGAGGAAACGUUGGUGUUGUACUGUUUAAUUUUGGAAAAGAGAAGUUUGAAGUGAAAAAAGGUGAUCGAAUUGCGCAGCUCAUUUGUGAACAGAUUUCUUAUCCGGACUUAGAAGAAGUUCAAGCACUGGAUGACACUGAAAGGGGCUCAGGAGGUUUUGGCUCCACGGGAAAGAAUUAAAAGUUUGCUUGAAGUAUUUUGCUGUUUCAGUGCUGUAAACAGGAGCUUUCGUUCUGGAAGCAUUUCAUUUCCUACGAUGGG